AUGCACUGGCUAAGAACUGCUGCGUCGUUCCCCUUUAUCUACUCCACGGCCUUCGCAACUGCUACCAGCGAAGGCGGAGUCUCGCAGAAGGGCAAUGUCUGCACGGUAACGGCACUGGGAGGAAAGAAAGAUGACGUCCCAAAUAUUCUAGAUGCGUUUUCACGCUGUGGAAAAGAUGGCACAGUCAUCUUCCCCGAGGACCAGAACUAUUGGAUUGCCACGAGACUCAACCCAGUUCUUAGCAAUAUCACCAUUGAAUGGCGAGGUAUAUGGACGUUCUCGGAUGAUCUUGAUUACUGGCGCAACAACUCUUAUCCGGUCAGCUUUCAGAACCAUCACGCCGGGUUCGUCAUUACCGGGAACCAUAUUACAAUCGAGGGAUAUGGGACUGGUCAGAUAUAUGGCAAUGGAAAUGCCUGGUACAAUGUUGAGCAGACUGUCACGCAGCCUGGAAGGCCGAUGCCGUUCGUCUUCUGGAACGUGUCAGAGGUUCUUGUAGAGAAUUUCUCGGUCAAGGACCCUCCUCUAUGGUCCCUGAACAUUAUGAAUGGAACAAAUCUGCGUUUCGACAAUAUCACGUGCAAUGCCACUGCCGUGAAUGCGCCCUAUGGAGUGAACUGGGUGCAAAAUACGGACGGGUUCGAUACCAUGGAUGUAUACAACCUCGAAUUAAACGGUCUGACGUAUCAGGGUGGAGAUGAUUGCAUUGCCGUGAAGCCACACUCCUACAACAUCCGCGCCAGAGACAUAACGUGUCAUGGAGGCAAUGGCAUUGCCAUUGGUAGUCUCGGUCAGUAUCUUACAGAUGCAUCGGUGGCGAAUAUAUUAAUAGACAAUGUCACGGUCAUUCGUCACAACGAUGAUCUCACCAAUUCUGCAUAUGUCAAGACAUGGAUGGGCGGACUUGUCCCGCAAAGCUCAUACGAGAGCGCCGAUGAGCCAAACGGAGGUGGUUGGGGCUCAAUCGAGAACGUUCUCUUCUCCAAUUUCAAUGUCCAAGGAGCCAGUGCUGGGCCAGCCAUCACACAAGAUAGCGGUGAUAACGGCUCUUACGCAGGAACCAGUCUCAUGUCCAUUGCGAAUGUUGCCUUUGUCAAUUUCACGGGGUACUUGGACGAUGUCUCAGACGACCGUAUUGCGUCGGUGUCCUGCUCGAGCGUCCAUCCAUGUUACAACAUCGACUUUCAAAACAUAGACCUUCAUCCGUCGCAAAAUGCGUCAGAGUAUGGCAAUGCGACUUGCCGAUAUACCGCCACAGGAGGCGUUCAUGGCCUGCCGGGGUGUUGA